AUGGAUAAAAAAAUCAACAAAAUAUUAGAAAGUGAUAAGAAACUCCGUAGCUCUGCAAUUCCAUUGCCAAAAGUUCCGGCACCCUUUUUAGGUUUAUUACCUAUUGCGACAAAUAAUAACCUUGAAAUGGUUGAAAAAUUAUUAUCAUCAACCCACGAAUAUUCUCUAACAAAUAAAGAAGAAUUGAAAAAAUAUGUAUCACUUCGUGUAAAUGCAUUGACUUCAAUAAACCUUGCAGUUAAAACGGCUUUUAAUCUAUGCAUGACAAGAGAAAUUGGUGAGCAAUUUAGUUUCCAUGGCAAAACAAAGAAAUCUUUUGUGGCUCUUGAAAUAUACAAAGUGUUAUCAGAAUCACUUUCUGGUUGGAUAAAUACCACCCAAGACCUCAAGGUAUUUAAAGAAAUAAUAUCAAAUAUUUUAAAACAUUGCCGUCCAAUUCAACAUCAGAAAUCACCUUUACAGAUAUAA